AUGAAUUCCUUGGGAGGCGGUUCUCGCUAUCAGGCAAGGCAAAACUGUCCAGACGGAGUGCAGCGACUGAUUCAGCCGAGCAGUCUGCCGAUCCGAGACGCGGCUGGUCACGCCCGUGACGCGCCUAUUAUUAUUGACACUACCACCGACGCGAGCGAGAGCACGGAUGCGGACAGCGCGGACUUUCUGCAGAUGUCACUCUCAACGCAGGCCAGUGAUACACGGUACAUAAGGCAUCGAGUGUGGAUGAUAACCUUACCUUCACCCCCUCUCGCCCCACUACCGACUGAGUAG